GUAAAUGAAGGAAAGUAUAGCAUGUGCAGUAUGGAAGAGGAUAAUACACUAGGAAACAAACAAGAGAAAUGGAUUAAGCGCUACAGCAGUAGUCACAAAAUUCUUCUUGUGGGAGAAGGAGAUUUCUCCUUUUCUUCAUGCUUAGCAAAUGCUUUUGGCUAUGCAACCAACAUGGUUGCUACUUCUCGGGACCCUAGAGAGGAGUUGCUGAGCAAGUACACACGAGCAGAGGAAAAUCUCAAAGAUUUGGAGGAUUUGGGAUGCAACAUUUUGCAUGGAAUAGAUGCUCACACAAUGAGUGAACAUGCUUUCCUCAAACUGAAAGUGUUUGACAGGAUAGUUUUUAAUUUUCCACAUUCUGGUUUCAAUACUGUUUUCCGUGAACAUGACUCGUGGCUGAUUAGGCGCCACCAGGACUUGGUAAGGGGCUUCUUAAGGAGUGCAAAGAACAUGCUUGCAGAAAAUGGUGAGGUGCACAUAACUCAUAAGACCGCUUACCCAUUUAGUAAGUGGGAGAUAGAGGAGUUGGCGGAGAAGGAGGGUUUGUCCUUGGUUGAGAAAGAAGCAUUUUAUCGAUCGGACUACCCAGGGUAUGAAAAUAAGAGAGGGGAUGGAAUGUCAUGUGAUCUAGCAUUCCCUGUUGGACAAAGCAGCACACUCAAGUUUAACAAGGCAUCAGAGAAGCUGAUCGAAAAAAAAAAAAAAAAACAAGGCAUCAGAGAAAGUGUAGCUAGAUAGACCAUUCUAAUUUGUCUGAAACUCCACGAUGCUUAAUUGGAAUAUAGAGAGACUUGCGUUUGCUUUAAUGUUAACUUAUCUACUAUUAAGAAGAAUAAGGAACGUUGUUAGGACUCAAGAAACAGAAGCAAAUUUAUAUUGCCCAGUAAAUUACUAUAUAUCUUGUUUCAAUGUGGCAAAAUUAAUUAGAAUCAAAAUUUCCCCUUAUAAAACAUGUCUUGAUCA